AUGACUAACGCAAUGGUUUCCAACAUGCCCAUUGACGAAGAGGAUCAUCACGAAUUCUGUAUGGAUAUGCUUCACGAGUCUCAUAAUGACAAUUCGCUACCACUUAUCACUACAACUCCGGAUAUGCCAGCAACUAUCCGAACCCAAGAUCGUCCGGUUGUUCUUUAUAUGGCACCUGUCCACAAACAGGAGAACGAGAAAAAGUGUGCUUGUGGACAAGACGGGGACAACGGCGCUUCUGGAAUCUCGAAGGGAAUUCAGAAAGUCACCAUUCAGUAA